UAAUUUUGCAUGGUGUGAGAGCUGUGCUAAAAGAAUGAAAAAGUAGUUUUGUGUCAGUAAUGAAUGGCCUCUAUGAGCGAGGUUAAUUGCCUAUCCCUUAUCCCUCAUGGGGACCCUGAGGGGUAAAUCGUUUCUUCUCUCCAUUUAUUUCAGGCUCACCAUGGCUAAUAAUGAAGAUUUUUUUACCCUUGUUAGGGGAAUUUAGGCUUGCCCCUUCAUCAACUAGCCUAUCUAAAUUUGAUUUUAUUAAUAUCCCAACCCCUACCUCUCCUUUGACUGUGGCCCCUCCAUGUUUGUUUUCAACUCUUUCCAUUCUGAAUCAUCCACCCAGGUCAUUGCCCAACCUUGAGAAUACACCCCUUCCUCUCUCCAACCAUUCUCCAAUCCAUCCUCUACUGCACAAUCUUCAUUGUCUACCCUGCCUUAUUACUACUCUUCAUCCUUAUUGUCCUUCAGCCAAGAGUGCUACCUCUCUCCACAGCACCCCAUCUUCCUUCCAGCCUUGUUCUUCUACUGCUUCCACCUCUACAAACCUUUUGAGUACCCUUAUUGGCCCAGCCAAAGAUUCCGUUUACAGUCAUUCCAAUCAUUUACACCUUGUCACAGUUACAUCUGAGUCUCAAGCUCUUGCAUUAUCUACACUGACUGACUUCAUAGGCAAAUCUAUUCAUGCCCAACCUCACUCCUCCCUUAAUACCUGUACCAUAACAGUUUCCAUCUCCCUGACUGAUUGUCCUGUCUACAACAAGGACUGGUUAAACUGUGAAAACGACUUACUCACAUGCCUUGUUGACUAUGAUGUAGUAGCAGUCUAGUGCUACACUAUUCCUCCCAGAGGCCAAUAUAAGUACUACACCAAUGUUGCCAAGAUUAGCUUAUGUAGACAUGACCUCCUCCCUGAAGUUUAUAUUGGCAAAGUGUCCUGGUCUGUUCAAACAUAUCAACCCCUUCCCUGUCAAUGUCAGAAAUGUUGGUGUUUUGUCCACCCAGCCAAACACUGUCGCUCCAUUGCUUGCUGCCCUCUGUGUGCUCAACCUGGUCAUGACUGUUCAAAUUGCUCUGCUCAGUCACACAUGUGUGCCAAUUGUGGUGGCUCCCAUCAUGUAUUUUAUAGGAGUUACCCUGCCUACAAGCUUGAGUCUGAGGUAGCAGUUCUCAGACUCAAACUAGGCCUCACUCUACAUGAGGCCAGACAAAAAGUAUACUGAUAAGAUUUUUCUCUUUCUACCUAUUCCAAAACUGUACUUUGCUCCGCUCCCCUCCCAUUUUCUUAAGAAGUCUCAGCAUCUUCCCGAGUAUCUCCUCACUCUACUCCAAAUCAUCUUAUCUCUGCUCCCUCUCUCCUUUAGUCAAAUUCCUUUUCCAGUCUAAAUCCAGAUACUCCAACCUCUACUACAUCCCUGGUGACUACCCCUCCUCUUUCUCACUCUAUUUGUCGCACCAAUCUAAAUGUUGCACCACAUCCUCUCCUCCUCCCUUUGCUCUAUUUCCUCUUCUCUUCCACAUAAGAAAACCAUUCUCUGAGACCUUCCCACCCAACUCCCCUCCAGAAACUUUGGAAGACAUCCAAAACUCUAAACAUGACCCAUGAGGAUGCUCCACACCCUUUCCGCUAAUGACCUUAGCUGUUGACGCGGCAGAUAAUUUUAAAUAAUCAAUCCACACCCUCAUUCACUCUCUGUUCCUAUUCAAUCUACAUUCAAAGUAUUUGCCAAUAUCCUUUCCACACCCACCUGGAUGCUCACAUGACUCCUUUAUGUCACAACAAUGUCCUUUUCCGAAUCUCUCCCCUCUUGACAUUCUUCCCAAUACUUCACCACCUUCCCCUGUUUCCUUAUCUCAUUCCCUUGAUUCUUCUUCUAAUUCCACAACUACCAUCUUUGUCCGUAUUACUUUUUGAUUGUUUCAUAAUUUCUCUUCCAGUUUUCCUAAUAUAGUGUUACUCUUUCUUCCUCAGACAUACACUUUCCAUUUGAUCUGAUCACCCUAUACCUUUAAUCCUUUCUCCUUUUACAAAUCCCCACCGUAUUCCAUUUGCUCCCCCUCUAUACCCUUUUCACUACUAUAUUAUCCUACAGCAUUCUGCAACCUUUGUCAUCAGACAUUUUAUCCUAAUUGUGUUUCAGCACAAUACUAGUGAUAUAUGACCUUUGAUGUCCAGCACAUUUAUUUCUCCUAACCAUUAACCAUUAUUUGGUACCUAAUUUCUCUUUCUUCAUAAGAUGUUUUUUCAUGUAAACUUCCUCACUUUAUGUGAGGUAGAGCAUGUGCUUACUCUCUGUACUUUGUGGUUUAUCUUUUCAUAAUAAUCUAGUUAAGAGUACUCAGAGAGGGACAGAAUGAUGAUACUCCAGAAUGCUAAGUGGUAUUGUAUUCCUAAUUUCUUUUAGCUAAACAAACUACUAUGAGUAAUAUAUGUAUGUGUAUACCUCUUCAACAAGUGCAUUAUCUGUCACGAAUGGGUUCAAUAAAUUACUCGUAGAAUUUUUUUUUUUUUUUUUUUUCAUUUUCCUUGUGAAAUUGUGCCAAGUACCUGCAGAAAGUAUUCAGAAUGACUGAGAUUUUUUGGAGGGAGGCAGAGCAUGUGCUUACUCUCUGUAUUUUGUGGUUUAUCUCCCUUUUUUCAGCAUCAUUUUUAUUAUCAUUUAUUUUCCACUUGUCUAGAUCAUUCUGAAGAGUAGAAAUGAUAAAAUCCCCUUUUCAUAAUAAUCUAGUCAAGAGGACUCAGAGAGGGACUGAGUGAUGAUACCCCAGAAUGCUAAGUGAUUGAAAUAUGAGUGCUGGGCAAGAAGAAGCAGAACAACAUGAAAACACAGAGAACACAGCUCGCCCUCCAUGGCCACCCACUCCUGCUAGCAAUACCAAUAGUAGUACUACCCUAACAGAACAAACUUCUCUUACCCCCAAUGAAGAGUAUUUUGAUACAUAUUUUGCUGAUGAGAAAAUCCAGAUUCCUGAAUCUGAAAAUAAACUGUUCAGCUUUCGAAAAUUAUGGGCCUUUACUGGCCCUGGUUUUCUGAUGAGCAUUGCCUACUUAGAUCCUGGGAACAUUGAGUCGGAUCUACAGUCUGGUGCAGCUGCAAAUUACAAGCUAUUAUGGGUGUUAAUGUGGGCAACAGUCCUUGGUUUGGUGAUGCAACGCCUCUCUGCUCGUUUAGGGACAGUAACAGGUUUACAUUUAGCAGAGGUAUGUUACCGACAAUAUCCAAAAGUCCCACGUAUUCUCCUCUGGAUUAUGGUUGAGAUCGCAAUCAUUGGUUCUGAUAUGCAAGAAGUUAUUGGAACAUCAAUUGCUCUCUACCUGUUAUCAAAUAAAGCAAUUCCAUUGUGGGGUGGUGUCCUGAUAACAAUUGCUGACACUUUUACAUUCUUGGCUCUGGAUCGCUAUGGCUUACGCAAGCUGGAGGCAUUCUUUGGCUUUCUCAUAUCAAUUAUGGCUAUAACAUUUGGUUAUGAAUAUGGCAUAACAAAACCUGACCAGUUGGAAGUAAUUAAAGGAUUGUUUAUUCCUGGAUGCUCUGGCUGUGACAGCAGAGCAUUGCUGCAAGCUGUUGGCAUUGUUGGUGCUGUCAUCAUGCCUCAUAAUCUCUACUUACAUUCAGCCCUAGUGAAGUCACGUGAAGUAGACCGUAAAAAGAAAGAGGAAGUAUAUGAAGCAAACAAAUACUUCUUUGUUGAGGCUUGUAUAGCUCUCUUCUGUUCAUUCAUCAUUAACGUAUUUGUAGUGUCAGUAUUUGCCAAGGGUCUUUAUGGCAUUACAAAUCAAGAAGUGUACAACAACUGUUUAGCUGUAAACAAUACCCAUGGAGAUAUAUUUCCAGAAAAUGAUGAGCUAGUUGAUCCUGAUAUAUACAAGGCAGGAGUCUUCUUAGGAUGCACAUUUGGUGUUGCCUGUAUGUAUAUAUGGGCUGUUGGGAUUUUAGCUGCAGGCCAAAGCUCAACCAUGACUGGAACUUACGUGGGACAAUUUGCCAUGGAGGGUUUCCUAAAUUUGCGAUGGAAACGUUGGCAGAGAGUGCUCUUGACUCGUACAAUUGCCAUUACACCAACUUUUUUCAUUGCUUUUUAUCAGGACAUCAAUGAAUUGUCUGGAAUGAAUGACUUCUUAAAUGCUAUCAUGUCCCUACAGUUGCCUUUUGCUCUCAUUCCAACUGUAACUUUCACGUCCUCAGAACACAUAAUGGGAGAAUUCAAGAAUGGCAUAUUUACAAAGGUCAUAGCAUCUCUUCUAUCAGUGGUGGUGAUUGGUAUCAAUAUAUGGUUUGUGGUAGAUUUCCUGAACAUCUAUUUGAGCAAUCAAUGGUGGAUGUAUCUCAUCUUGGUUUUGUUGUCACUCUUCUACUUCGGUCUGGUGUUUUAUCUGACGUUGUUCCUUUUCAUGGCAUUUGGCAUCAACUUCUGCUUUACCAUACCACUUUUGUGGCUAGUAGGAUUGGAUGGUAGUAGUCCUACUUUACAACCUAGCUUCGAAGGGUAGGUGUGAUUCUCAUCCUUC